AUGUCUCUUUAUGCUAUGAAAGAAAUAGAGGAAAGGAUAGUGGUCAAUGAAAUUGAUGUCACAUCCUGGUGCACUAGACUAGAUUUAAUGGCAAUAUCAAAUAAUAAAGGAGAAGUUGCUCUCCAUAGAUUAAAUUGGCAAAGAGUUUGGAAUUUGCCUCCUACGCUAGAAGGACAAAUCGUUCAAGAUAUAGUGUGGAGACCUGAUGGAAAAGUUAUAGCCGUAGCUUAUACUUCAGGAGAAAUCAUUUUAAUUGAUGUUGAAAACAAGGAAUUAGUUCAUAGCUUUACUGUUGAUGGUCAAAUAAGUUGUUUAAAUUGGUCUCAACAAGCUGAUCAAACAAAUCAAAAUGAUACAGCAGAGACGCCAACAAAACAUGAUCACACCACAUUUUUACCAAGAUUACCAUCACUCUCAACGAGCUAUUCAAAUAAAAAAGUAGAAAUGAGUUCUGAUUCAAAAUAUCUUAAAGACCAGACUACUUUGAACAUAUUAAUAGUUGGUCUUUUAAAUGGUUUAGUAUACAUUAGUGUUUUUGGACUAUUUCCUUGUGGAAUUAUCGACCUUAAAAAAAUUACCAAACAUGAAAAUCCAGUAGUAAUUGAUGCUAAAUUGUCAGAAUCAUUCGAGUAUAUGUAUGUAUCUUAUAAAGCAGCUAAUAAAGUAAAUACUCUAAUUCUUAAAACUUCUACACUAAAUAUUUAUUCCAAAGAACUUCAUGUAUUAGCACUAAAGCAUGGUCACAUAAUUCACUUAAUGUACUAUAUGCAAAAUACUAUUAAUUGUAUAGUAGAAGCUUGGGAAACGGCAUUAUUAGAAAUGGAUAAAAAGUUAGAAAAAUAUUCUGCGUGCGUACCAGAAGGUGGUGUUUCAGCAGACUUUUUAGAUUUAUUGAUGUUUGGCACAGCAUCAAUAGAAUUGCAAGCAUUCCUUUUGCAUGAUUUAACAGAGAAAGGACUGAAAAAAAUGGGAGCAUCUAUUGAAAUUAGCUAUUCUACUAUACAAAAAUUGGUCUUAAAAAAAUUGAAUACUGUUGGACAAGCUUUGGUGUACCACAUAUCAGAUUUAAGAGGAAUGGCUAGAUUAACUUACAUUUAUGAGGCUUUAGGAUUGAAUGAAAAUUUAGUUACACAAGCCUUGAAAGACAUUGGUUCAUUUCUGGUAAAAAUUGGUGAAGUUCAGCAGGUUAUAGAUCACUCCAUGAAAAAUUACAAGGCAUUCUUUCGCUGGCUUUAUGUUGUAAUUGUUAGAUUAAUGGAUGAAAGAGUGCCUCAUGAUUUUGCAGAAAUGUCUCAACAGGAAAUUAAAUAUAUAGCUGAGUUUUUGGAUAAUAUUGAUGGUUAUGUAGAAAAUCCAAACAAUAAAGAUGAAACAAUAAAAGUGCGUCCAUUUAAUUUGGAGCGACUAGGCCAAUAUUUAACAGACAACUAUUUAACCAUUCCUCCUGUUUUUGACAAAAAUCCAUGGCAUGAAUUUUUGAAACAAAAUUCAUGCUUAUCAAUGCACUCAUCUAUAAUUGAACAUCACGAAAAUCACUCUUUAAUUCAAGAACACAACCAGUUCAUAAAGUCAAUUCAAAAAGUAUUUGAAAAGCCACUUGAAUUAAUUGGAAGCAACUUUAUAAAUGAGGGUAAUAUUAACUUUAUUGGAUUAUCCGACUGUGAAAACCUACUUGUGGAUCAAGUCAAUAUCCCCGAAAAGCCCGUAAAUAUGCAAUUCUACUCAUCUGAGAUUUGUUCAGUUUUAUUGCACCAACAAACAGUGAAACAAAACUGCAUAUUUCUACAAUUAAAUAUACUGAUGCUAAAAGAUAAAUUUGUAAAUAUUAAAAUAUCAAUAAAGAGACUGGAACGAUAAUUGUUGAAAAAAAUAUGCUUGCUUCCUAGAUAUAAUGCUUUUGAUAUAAUAGACGCUUGUAGUAUAAGAUUGAUUGAAAACAUGUUAUGUAAUGACUUUGCAGUAUCAUCGACUAGAAAAGUUGCAAUAUUAAUAUCUCAGACCAAAAAGAAAAUAAGAAUAUAUGAAAUGGAGGUCGAAGAUGAUGAAGACGAUGAAGAUUUGGAAUUUUCAAAAGACAGUGAUAAUAGUUUAAUUAACACAUCCAAAGUAUCUGUAAGCUAA